AUGGCUGCUACCAAGUGGCUUCUGCUCCUUUUCUCAGUGGCCCUGUUGGGCCUGAGCUAUGCAGAUGAAGAUGAACAAAGUUCAGAAAGUUCAGUAGAUGUAUCAGAAGCAAGCGUCUCCGCAGAGGAUGAUCAGGCCUCCAGCAGUGAAGAAGCUGGCAAUCAACCACUUGUGUCUCCAUAUUCUCCUGGAGAUGACGAAUCAGGAGGUUCAGCCCCAGGUGGUCAACCAGGUGGCUCUCAAGGAGGUCCUUCAGGUGGCCCACAGGGUGGCCCUGUAGGUGGCCAACAGGCUGACCCUCAAGGAGGCCCACAGGCUGGCCCUCAAGGUGGCCCACAGGCUGGCCCUCAAGGUGGCUCACAGGGUGGCCCUCAAGGUGCCCAACAAGGAGGCUCUCAAGGUGGCCAACAAGGUACCCAAGAAGGAGACUCUCAAGAUGGAGAGUAA